CUGCAGUGCAGCUCUAGUACUAUUUCAAUUCAUUUGGUUUUGGGUCCUAGCAGUUUCGUAACAUUGUUUUGUGUCCCAGUUCACUCAAUAUCUUCUCCUGAUAAAUCUUUUGUUCGAGAAAGCGGAGAUAUUUAAAAACAAAUAUUUUUCUUACAAUAGCAAUAAUUUUAUGCAGGUAGUGCGGACAUUAACUUUAAUUUAAGUUCAUUUCAAUUCAUUUGGUUUUGGGUUCUAGAAGUUUCGACCAUUCUUUUGCGGCCAAUUUGACUCAAUUGUAUUACAUUGAAUAUGGAACAUCAGGUUAAGAAGGAACGUCGGAAUACAUCUUCUGAUGAGGAAUCCAAGCAUCGUUAUAUGAAUAAAAAACGUCGCUAUCAUUCUUCUGAUGAAGAACGCGAGUCGCGUUACGGAAGAAAGAGGCGCCGCCAUUAUUCAUCGGACGAAGAUAAAUUCCGUCAUAGUUCCUACAAGCGUAGACGUCGCUCUGAAACUUCUUCCAGCAGCUCAAGGAGCAGCAGUGGUACCUCUCGUAGUAGGAGUCUGACUAAGAGCCGAAGUCGUAGCUAUAAGUCAAGCUCAGUUUCAAGUUCAGAAACUAGUUCGGUGUCCUCAGUUACUUCCAGCUCCAGUUCUCGUACAGAUUCAAGCAGUGGAUCUAGGUACCGUCAUACUUACUACUCACGAGGAAAUCAUAGUUCUGGAUAUCAUCAAUCAAAAAUGUCACGACAUCAACGUAUACCUGAUCGCUAUAAACCUAGACCAAAUAAAUGCUUAGCAAUAUUUGGUUUAAAUGUUAACACGGCAUCACUCAAGCUUCGUACAUAUUUCGAACGGUUUGGCCCGGUUGAUAAAGCUGAAAUCGCAAGGGAAGCUAAAACCGGCGUCUCCAAAGGUUAUGGUUUUGUGUACUUUGCUCAUUUGUGCGAUGCAAAAUAUGCCGCCGAGGAAUGUGAAGAUGAUCAUAUUGUUGAUGGGAAAAAGUUACGUUUAGAUUAUUCAAUAACAAACCAGAAUCAGUAAUCCAUACAUAAAAUAAUCGAUUGUGCAACUGACGUUUUAGUGAUGUUUGUAGUUUUUUUUAUUGUAUAUUACUGAAAACUACUAAUUUAUGCUAUAUGAAAAUUAUCGGUAACCCUAAAUACGUUUAGUUCACAAUUGCUACCGUUCCCGAUUAUGAUACUAUUUUUCUCAAAAUACUAAAACUUGUUGAAUAAUCUAGUAGCUCUAAAAAUAUAAAAUUUUGUUAGUGGCCAUUAUACAUAUGUAUGUA